AUGCCUCAUAAAGACCGCGAUAACGAUCCUGACGUCGAGAACGAACAAACUUCACAAGAAAAGCGUCACCGAUCUUCCAAAGGCGACAAAGACAAAGAUCCAAAUCGAAAGCACAAAUCAAGACCGAAGCUCAUAGAUUCUGAAACUGGAGAGUCUGUCAAGUCAUCCCAUCGUCGGAAGAAGGAUAAAACAAGAGACGAGAAACACGAAGGAAUGUCUGAAGUGACUACUACUACAAUGGCAGAUGUUGUUCCUGAACUCUCAAGGACUUCAUCUGCACCAGGUACAUCAUCAUAUCCAAGUUUCAAUAAAAACUACAGUAAGGAGGCAGUAAAUAGUUAUGUUUCAGAAAGGCCUGCAAAGUCGAAGGCUGUACCUUACACUCCAGAAGCUACAGACGUCGACUCCGAGAAGCAUAAAUCGAAAUCUGCAGAGAACCUUGAUCGGACAGGUUCUACAAAAGAACGCAGACCACCGAGUCCACCAGAUACCGAAUUUACACACCGACAGAAAUCUACAUCGACAAGGGUGAACAAGGUCAAAGAGGAGGGUUCCGAAAUGUCAUCAAGGCCCAGUUCCCGAAGUUCAGAACACCGAAAGUCAUCAAGAAAGGAGAAAGAAGACCGAUCGACAACAUCAUCCAAAUCUAGACAAUCAAAGACCGGUACACCACCCAUUAGACCACCAAUUAGGACUUCAAGCUCAAGAUCUCUCAAAACCGAAAGAUAUGAUGAGCAUCAACAUCAAAAUAGAUAUCCGGACUCUGAUGGUGAUUCCAAUGUCACAUCCGUGGCAGGUAAACGGCAAUCACACCCUACGUCUCGUCGAAGACCUACAAAUAUUGAUACAGAUUCUUCCCCAGCAUCUGCACAGAAUUCCUCACCAAGGACCCCGACUCAGACUCCUCAAUACCCUCCUCCAGGAGCCGCAAAUAUAAAACCUACUCCAUCUCCUUAUAUGCAAUUUGAUGCAUCCUCUGUAAAAUCUAGUGUGUAUGGCUCUCCACGUCCUCCUCCACCACCCCCUCCCCCGAAUUUACCAUUAAACAUCCCUAGCGUCGAUUAUCUCCUCCAAAACGGCGGAUUGGUUCGUCCUGUUCCUAAGACCUUACUCUCUUCCUCCUCUCAGUCGCCAAAUCCAUCCAGGUCCUCCCCUCCUGCGGAAAUACAGAAGAUAUUUGGACCAUACUAUAAUAUCCUGGACCAAUACGAAACGGUCAUCAAUAAGAGUGGAUCACUUGCCGUUGCUACAGGAUAUCGCUCCGUUGCGAGGAGAUUACUUGAUCGAUUGGAAAAUGUCUUUGCCAGAGAUUUAUCAUCUGAUGGUUGCUUGUGUGUUAUGUGCCAAGAUGUGGAUUUUGAUACUCAUGAAGGAAGUAGAGGCCUUUCUUGGGGAGAAGUGUUGGAAUGGGUCAGUGGUCGUCGUGAACUUCCCGAAUGGCCUUCAUUUGACUUUUCGUCACUCGGUGCGAAAUCAGUCGAUGAUCUAGCUGGUCUUGGUAUAUCAGGUCAUCACAGGCCUGGAUCACCUAUCAAGAUCGACCCUGAUGUUGCAGACGAAUUUCGCGAACACUACCUACAACAAUCGAAGAAAACAAAGGCUUCCGUUGAUAAAUGGCUCUCAAGUUGCCCCGAAACAACAUCUGCACCUCCUCAAGAGGUCGAUGAUGAAACUCUUUCAUUUGCUAUACUGACUCAUCUCAACCACCAUGACCGACCCCUCUUCAACGCUUUGCUUACUGGCUCUACCACACUACAACCCGUUUCACGAGCACCUACUCCGUUACGAAAACCACGCUCUGAUUUCAUGAUAAGAACUGUACAGUCUAUGCAACGGUUGUAUCGGUUGCCACUUCCUCCACGAGAUCCCGAGGUCGCAAUAUAUUUAUUAAAGAAUCCUCAUAUCCACAAUCUUCUCGCAACUAUUUCUGGCAUUGCACCGUCGGAAUGGGAAAUCUUAAUAUCUGGCCGAUUCGACGGAUUCUUAUGGUCUGGAGCUGACAAUGAAGUCAUCGACGAGUUCCCCUCUCGGGGUCCCACGCCCAAUGGCUACCGAGGACCAUCGCCUGCAAUGAGAGGCCCUUCGCGUAACAACACCCCAUAUUCACCUCGGUCGGCUAGUUAUGGUUCUCGUGGCCCUACACCAUCCCAGCAGUACAGACAUCCAGUCUCCAACGAUGAAGAGGCAGAAAUCGCAGUCUUGGCUGAAAUAGAGCGUGAGAUAUAUGUAGGAAUGGAGGCUCUUGAGGAUGCAUUUGAAGGUCUGCAUCGAAAGGCUGAGGCUGUUCGCAAAGCUCUUCGUGAACGUGGCGUUGGAUUAUCCAUGGCAGCAGAGUCUAGACGAACGAGUCGUCCAGAGAUCAUUGUUGGUACUCCUGGUCCUUAUUCGGCAGGUCUAGGACCGGGAUACGAGAGACCAACUUGGGCCGAAGGUGGCAGCGAAUUUAUGAGUGAGGCAGAUUGGGAUGAAGAUGAGAUGCAGAGUGAAUUGGCUCCAGAUGAUUCCGCGAGUAACAUCAGCAGUUCACGACACAGACGACCAAAACGAAGAACUGAAAGAAGAACACCGGCAUUGGUUGAAGAGGAUGAAGAUGAGGGUUGA